UUGUGGUAUAUAACAACACCGGAGAAUUCAAUGUGUAUGAUGGUAAAGAAAAUUGUUUUAUGAAAAAGAAAAAUUUAUGUGACGUGUCUUGUGCGAUAUUGAAGAAUACAAAUUUUCAUACAAAACAGAAAUUUAUUGGUUUGGUUGUUGUUCAUUCGGGAAAGUUUGUCUUGCAAGGUUUGUUUAUUUAUUUAAAACAAUAACAACAAAAAAUAAUUUCCAAAAAAAAAGAACUCAAAAGCCGUAGUGGAUUUAAAAGCCUAUGGACUAUUUAAUGUGUUUCGUGCGAUAACAAAAUUGGUAGAAUUUCGUUAGCAAAGAUUUUCAUCAUCGUUCAACAUUACUUGGUUGGCUUGUCGUGGAAUUAAAUCACAUAACACACGGAACAUUUAAAAAAGAAAUAUUUCCCUUUACGGAUGAAAUCAAGUGUAAUUGAAAGCAAGCGAAACAAUUGCGUUACACAUCGAUACCUAUAAGCGGAACACGCGGUACGAUUAUAUAGCCCCAAUUUAUCCCGACAAAAAAUGCGGUCUGAUAGCUUUGAAGAAAAAACACAAAGUCAAUUUGUUGAAGACAUUGGACAAACUGUUGCUAAUGAGCUAUUUAAAUACUCAGCAGGAGAUGAAAAUUUGGCAUCGAAUAAUCAGGAAAAUGCGCACUCAGUGAGACCGAAACGAGCUACGAAAAAAAUUCAGCAGAUGGAAUUUUUCGAUCCUGAAAUGACUGACUCCAGUUCGCAAAGUGACACUAGUGGCAGUGGUAGCCGAGGCCGAGCACAAAAUACGUCUUUGAGACGUCGCAAAGGUACACUGAAUGCCAAGGAGAGAAACAUCAGGCGAUUAGAGUCCAACGAACGGGAACGAAUGCGUAUGCAUAGCUUAAACGAUGCAUUUCAGUCGCUACGUGAAGUUAUACCACACGUCAAAAAGGAACGUCGUCUGUCGAAAAUCGAAACACUAACCCUGGCCAAAAACUACAUAACCGCUCUGACAGACGUUAUUGUGAUGAUGCGUGGCGACGAAGACAACCAUAAUAGUUCGAUUGACUCGCCCAUAAACUGUACAUUGCUGCAAGUGACCGUCUUAUCGAAAUGCAAGGAAUUUAAGUCUAAGAAGGAAUGUCUAAUGGAAACGUUGAAAAACUGAACUUUGUUAUCUACUGCUCUACCUAAAUAAAAUGUAUACAAACCCUUAACGUUUAAGCGCUAAAUAUUAAAACUAAUAACAUUUUAUGGUGUGAAUCAAGUCGUGUUACAGUUAACGUAUAUAUAAUGUAUAUUCAUAAGUGUAUGGGUAUUUGCAUGGUAUUUUACCGUAAGUCGUUCGAUGUGUAUAUGAAAAAGAUAAUCCCAUGGGAAAUGGCAUGCAUUCCGUUCCAAAUUUUAUGUAUCCACCAAUGGAUCAGGAAAACAUGUUCGGCGCAAAACAUUACUCAAAGCAAAACAUUGUUCCCAGUCUGUUAGAAUGCAGAGAUUUUUUAUGAAAAAUGACUCUUGAUUGAACUCUUGAUAGAACCCAAACGCACCCAAACGAGAUUUUAAUCCCAGACCUCUUACUUAUGAAGCAAGAGUUCCUCGAUCCUCGUCGGGUCUAACCGAAUCAAGAUUAUUUAACAUCACAGUCGACAUGGGACUUCACGACAUUCAUACUCACGUAUUGAAUAUGUAACUUUGCUGAGACUAAGUCUUAGGAAUUGGUAAAGGAACUACCGUUAGAAGUCUUUGAAUGGUUUAAGAGAUUCAGAUAUAUUUUGUUGCAACGCACUGCAAAGUAAGCACCAGAACAGAUUUUGUCAUGGUCAUUUAACCACUUACUUUGUAUGGAACGUCGGAACACAGUGGCAUUCUCUUCUUCCUAAGUAUGGUUUCCACUCAACAAAAACUACUCCGUGAAAGAGGGAGUUGUCAAAUUUGUUUUCAAUUUUGUCUCUCACACGGAGUUCUUCUUUGGUAAGUGGAAAUCAGGCCUUAUACAUUCACAGCUUGCACAACCCAACAUUGAAUAUUUAAUUUGUAUGAGAAAUUCUGACUACUGAGUCGGAUGCUUAGUUUACAGUUACAGUGCGUUGCUAGACGUCUCCACUGAUUUGUAUUCGCCUAUGCAAACCACAAUAAACAACUGUAUAGUCAAGUUUCAGUACCCUAUUUAGAGUACCACUUUUGCUUGAAGUGCGUUGGCAGUGGCCUAUAAAACGUUUGAUGACUAUAUCUUACCAUAGAGACUAUUGGAUUUUUAUCAAUUGUCUGUCGUGCACCGUUUUUACUUGUCUGACAGAGUUACACAGUUUUUUUUUUCAAUCUAGAAGAGGUGUAUUGAAACCUCAGCCGCUCAUUCAUUAUCUGUGUAUUUACGGUGAUAACUCGUGGGGGUUGUACAUGUACAGUGCCUAUAUUCGCGAAAAUAUUUUCACGAAUUUUCUCCAAUUUUCACAAAAAAAAUUUUG